GUUCGGCGUAUAUGGACAGAAGGCGUGGAGGCGGCGAACUGUGGAGAGGGAGUGUGAAGAACCACCGCAGAGAGUCGCUAAGAAGAAGCAACUUCUGCUUUCACAGGACAGAGUAAAGGAAGAGCAGACAAACCGAGAGUCUUCUGCUCUAGCAUUGUGCGGGGAUUGCAUCGAGCCCUCGUGCUCGAACUCCGUAGGUUACGGGAAGGAGAAAGGAUCCUUCCCCCGGCGAAGAGGCGAAGCGAAGCAGAGGACGACACAGGGAGAAUUUGAGUGAGGAAGACAGUCCGGGACCACGUGGAGAGCUUAAAGACGAGAAGCGCCUUGUGUGUUCGUUCUGCGGUUGAUGCUGAGACAAGUUGCACACUGGCGACUCUUCAGCUGUGAAACGCUUCUCAGCUGAGCGGCUUGCUUUCUGGAAAUGCUGCGGGGAAGCGCAGGCAAACGACGCCCCUAACAGACACUAAGCAGACGGAGAUAUAUCUGUUCUGGAGGGUAAAACAGACUCGACACCGAGACAUGGACACAACACCCGCCAAGGUCGCAGACUCUCGAAUGUUCUCCGAAGGUAUUUGACAGCAGGAAAUAGACAAGCCUUUUUGAAGACGACGAACGAGAGAGACUUGUUUCGAGCGUGGAAGAGAAGCGAUUUCUAUCCACGGCGGUGUUCAGUGAGAGACACGAGAUACAAUGCAGAGGCCGCCCCGCUGGACCGCUCUCCCAUGGAGCAUCAAGGGCAGCGACCUGAGGUUUGACGCGAGCUCCGGUUGUUGAAGAUGAAACUCCAAAACUCUGUCUUCUUCUGUCCACUCGGGGCAGGGAUACUUCUCGUGUGUCCGUGUUUCUCGAGUCCUGUGGCGAACGCGCAGAUAUUUUUUUUUUUACCGGAAACGAGAAAGGAAGCAACGCUUCUCCUGACAAGCGACCGACCGACGCGACGAAGCUCCUUGACCAGAGGCGGAGGACAACUCAGUUCCUUUCCCGUCUUUCUGUGGGAGAUCCAGUUCUUUGCAUGUGACACCAGCGGUCGAAGGGGAUCUCUGCUCUCCAAUGGGCCUGGACACAGCGUUCAGCUCGCCGACCCAGACGCGAGACCCCACAUUCGCAUCGUCGGCAGCAGCGGAUCAUGUUUGUUGCUUCUGAUCGGCGGUGCCUUGCAACCUAAAAGGCAACCUUUGUUCCACGGGGGUUUCGCCGGAAAGCGUUGCUACUGGUCGCUGUCUCUUCCCGUCCUUUCUACCGCGUUGGUGUCAAGUUUUCUCGACUUUUCCCCCCACAUUUACAUUCUCGAGGGCCGGAAGAAGCAGUUGGCGGAUGCCCUGUCGAAUUGGCAUUGCCUUAGGGCGGUUCCGCUCCCCAAGCUCGUCGGUGGAAUUCAAGGGAUUUGUGUCAAUAAUCGAAUGAGUGACGAAGUGUGAAAGCAUGUCUUUGUAUGGAGGAAUGCGCGAGCUCUACUCUGUUUUCUCGUCUCGCGUCCCAGCUUCCGCCCUGUCGAGAGUUGCGUUGUGUACAGCGAGAGACGAGGAAGAAGUUCUUUCCAUUUUCAUGUGUUGACACCAACCGUGAGUCGUAGAACCGACCACGAAAUUCGCUUUUCUAACACCGCCCUGCGGCCGCCUCUGGCUCCGAAUAUCUCUCCGCCGCCAAUCUCCUGUUCCUCGACCGUGAUCAACUGUAUCGCUAAACGGUGCUCCCUCCGUCUCUUUCCUCAUUUUCCUUCUUUUGCCGUUCGCCGGUCUUCGUGCAACGGGCGAAAAAAGGGAGAGCGCACGACGCCACACUUAGGCUCCCGAUCUGAAACCCAUUUUACCUUAAUCAAAUGCAUUUAAGAAAAGGCCUCCAUACGUUGACAGCUAACUCACCGCGACAAGAGGCAAGUGGUCGGCCGCGAACUGCUAGAGAAACAUACCAGCGAACUGCUUCCUAACGAACGCGAAACUAUGCGAGAGGGCGCACCGUGACGGCGCGAGUCCCUGCUCGUUUUCGACUCGACUCUCGGUCGUUUUCGGCGGAGGGGUUCUCGCACCCUGCAGCAUGUGUGUAUCGUGCGUUUUUAAACGGAAUGCACCGCUGUGGAAUUGCAGAAAAAGGUAGAGCAGAAGCAGGACUGAGUGACCUUCCAAGUGUUGCUGGGCGGCAAUUGCAUGCUCGUCAUCUGAAUUCACCAACCUAUCACAAGGGUACAUUCGGUCGAUUCCGCGAGUGCACCUUCAUCAGUUGGGGUCAGGUGAAGAUUUCAACUGUCUCGACCGUUCGCUGCUCUGUCGCUAUAAUGCUUCGUGUCGAAAUGCGUUGCUCCCGACGACAAACGCAUCGCUGUGUAUAGCCUCUGAGGCGGUGAAAAAU